CUCCGCUCCACGCUUCUCCGCCUCGCAGGCUCGCACGCGCAGCCCCCAAACCUACAACUCCCCCCUUCCCUUUCCCGUUCCCUCCGCUCCUCCCACACAACACCCCCAACCCGCAGUUGUUCCACGCCUCUGCCCUAACACUCCGCAAAGCCCUAGUCGCCGCGCGCCCGCCUGCCGCCAUGAGGUCCAAGUCCGACGGAGACGCCUCGUUCAAGGCCUCCGGCAAGCGCAAGAAGGCCACCGGCGGCGUCGCCAAGCCGAAGCGCGCACCCACCCCCUUCUUCGCCUUCCUAGCUGAGUUCAGGCCGCAGUACAUGGAGAAGCACCCUGAGGCCAAGGGCGUCGCUGCCGUGACCAAGGCGGCCGGGGAGAAGUGGCGCUCUAUGUCCGAUGAGGAGAAGGCGAAGUAUGGCGGCAAGAAGCAGGAGGUCCAAGAGAACAAGGCUGCGAAAAAGAAGGAGAGCACUAGCUCCAAGAAGGCCAAAACUGAUGGUGAUGAGGAGGAAGGAGAAGGUUCUGACAAGUCCAAGUCUGAUGUUGAGGAUGAUGGCGAGGAGGAUGGUGCUAAUGAGGAGGAUGAGGAUUAAAUAGUAGCUUAGGGAACGGCAGCUAUGCAAAUCUGUGUUUUGCUGCUUAUAGCUUAGCUUGCUGCGUUGCUGCCCUUGUCAUGUAAUGUUAUGUCGUAUGGAGAAUGUUUAGAUGAUACUUCAGGGCUGUGGCACCUGAAGGUGUCUGUUUAAUUAAUUAGUAGCGAAGAAAAAGCUGAAUACUCUUGACUGCUUUUUCUUCUGCCGACCUCUGCAGCAUGUGUAAACAGUUAAUCUGCAUGCUUUUAUCCACUGAUCUGAUGACUCACCCGCAGUUCGUUUGCUACUAA